AUGGUGGCAGAUGGAUGUAAUGUCCGAAACUCUCCAAAAGAGGUUCAAGGAAUGAUUGAAGAACAGAGGUCAAUCCAUCAAGAAGACAGAUACUACUUAAGAAUUAAGACUGAUCAAGAUCAAGAACAUCCUGUGAGCGGUGAUCCAGAUGAAAGGUUAUUUGUUGAUGAAGACCUGUUCAUUGGAAAUUAUGGAAAGAGUGGUGAUGGAGUCAACAAAUUACUGUACGUCUAUCAGACUGCUUGGCAAAGACAACUGCUAAAUAGAUAUGGAAAUGAGAUCUGUCUUCUGGAUGCAACAUACAGAACAACCAGAUACACCUUGCCUCUUUAUUUCCUUUGUGUUCCUACAAAUGUAAACUACAUGACCGUUGCUACAUUCAUAGUUGAAACAGAGGACAGUGUAUCCAUCCAAGAAGCCCUAUCUAUUAUAAAAUCAUGGAACCCAAACUGGAAGCCAGCAUAUUUUAUGUGUGACUAUGCAGAUGAAGAAAUAUCCUCUAUUGAAUCUGUUUUUCCAGAGUCCUUUGUCUACCUUUGUGAUUUCCAUCGAGAGCAGGCAUGGGAGAGAUGGCUUAAAGCAACUCACAAUGGCAUUGGAGAUGAUAAAGAUGAAAUUUUAUCUUUGUUACGCUCUGUAGCAAGAUCCAAAACCAAUGAAGAGUUUGAACUGUCAAAUAACAGAUUAAAG